AUUGGAGCAGUAAUUGCCAUGGGCUCAGCAGACCGAGAUGGUCGUCUCCAUCCUGGUGAUGAGCUGGUGUACGUAGAUGGGAUUCCAGUGGCUGGCAAAACCCACCGAUAUGUGAUUGAUCUUAUGCAUAACGCUGCCCGAAAUGGGCAAGUGAACCUUACUGUGAGAAGAAAGGUGCUACCCACGGGAGAACCGUGCCCAGAGAAUGGCAGAAGCCCAGGCUCGGUGUCUACGCACCACAGUUCUCCAAGAAGUGACUACACUACUUAUGCUAACAGUAAUCACGCUGUCUCUAGUAGCAAUGCUACACCCCCUGAGGGCGUCACUUCUCACAGCCUGCAAACCAGUGAUGUGGUGAUCCACCGCAAGGAGAAUGAAGGCUUUGGCUUUGUUAUCAUCAGUUCCCUGAACAGGCCCGAAUCUGGGUCCACAAUAACUGUACCCCAUAAAAUAGGGCGGAUAAUUGAUGGAAGUCCUGCAGAUCGCUGUGCAAAACUUAAAGUUGGAGACCGGAUCUUAGCUGUGAAUGGCCAGUCUAUUAUUAACAUGCCUCACGCAGAUAUUGUGAAGCUAAUUAAAGAUGCAGGUCUCAGUGUAACUCUUCGCAUCAUUCCUCAGGAGGAGCUGAACAGCCCAGCCUCAGCCCCCAGCUCGGAGAAGCAGAGCCCCAUGGCCCAGCAGCACAGCCCCAUGGCCCAGCAGAGUCCCCUGGCACAGCAGAGCCCUGUCGCCCAGCACAGCCCUGUCACCCAGCCACCACCUCCACAGCCCCUCCAGCUGCAGGGACAUGAAAACAGUUAUAGGUCAGAAGUAAAAGCCAGACAGGAUGUGAAACCUGAUAUCCGGCAACCUCCAUUUACAGACUACAGGCAGUCCUCAACGGACUACCGACAGCCUCCGCUGGACUACAGGCAUCCUCCUGUGAUGGAUUACCAGCAGCCACCACCUCUCGACUACAGGCAGCCACCCUUGAUAGAUUACAGGCAGCAUUCACCCGACACCAGGCAGUACCCUCUGUCAGACUACAGGCAGCCCCAGGACUUUGAUUAUUUCACUGUUGAUUUGGAGAAAGGAGCCAAAGGUUUUGGGUUUAGUAUUCGAGGAGGAAGGGAGUACAAAAUGGAUUUGUAUGUGUUGAGGUUAGCAGAAGAUGGACCAGCAAUAAGAAAUGGAAGGAUGAGGGUAGGAGAUCAAAUAAUUGAAAUCAAUGGAGAAAGCACAAGGGACAUGACACAUGCCAGAGCAAUAGAGCUAAUCAAGUCUGGAGGCAGGAGAGUGCGACUGUUGUUGAAACGUGGAACAGGCCAGGUCCCAGAAUAUGACGAACCAAACUCCUGGAGUGCUCCCUCUGCCACCUCCCCAGGUCUGCCGGAAGUAGCUCUUUCCCUCGAUGACAUAAUCUCACCAUUAUCUUCAUCACACAUAGCCCCACCCUCUGACCCUUCUCACCAGAUAAGCCCAGAGCCAACAUGGGAUAUCAAGAGGGAACACGAUGUAAGGAAACCAAAGGAGCUUUCAGUGAACAGUCACAAAAAGAAAAGGUUAGGAGAACAAAGAGAAAGGUCAGCAAGUCCUAAAAAGGUAGACAGGUCAAAGCAUGAAGAGGCUUCUUGGAAAGGAUAUUCAGAAAGCAAAAAUAAGAUCACUGAUGGUGGCAGGCCCACCUCAGAAAGCAAAGUGGUGGGACACAGCAUUAUGAUGGAGGCUGGCGCAAGAGAGCACCUGUGUGCUGGGACCAGUGAUGAACAGUUUGGGAGGCUGAGGAAGCCAGAAAGCAAGAGAGGAGGAUCUCUUAGCAAAAAAGAAGAUCACAAAUCCACAAACACCAGUGAGAAGAAGUCAGCUGCAGCAUCUGACCAUGUCAAGCUUGAUACAGGUGCUACCAAGACGUACAGUAGCAACCGCUGCAGCUCACCUGGAAUUGAUAUGGACCACAGCCAGAGGGACGCUGAUGGGAAACCCAGCGAGUUCCCCAGGAAGGGACAUCUCCACUCCAUUAGCACUCGCAGCACCAACACCACAGUUCGAAAGGCAACGGUCUCCCCAGGGCCGUGGAAAAUCCCUGGCUCAGAUAAGCUACCUAGCGUUCUGAAGUCUGGUACUUCUGCCAUGAGCAGAUAAGCAAGGGACUGUUGCCCUCUAACUGUCUCAAAUUGACGCAGAACAUUCUUCUUAGUUUUUGUCUCACAUUGGUUUGUUUUAAUUUAUUUUAACUAUCACACAUAUACACAAAGCAUUGAGGAAUGAAAACAUUAGUGUGUAAUUCCAUGACAAUGUGCACAGUAUCUAAGAAGUUCGGAAGCAUAUAGUCAACACAGAGAUUUAAAAUCGACCCUAAAGUCCCAGUUCCAUUUUAGGGACUUUGGCAGCUAUGGAAGAAACCAAAACAAUAUGAAGGACAGUACAUCAGAGAAGGAUAGUGCAGUGUAGCUUUAGCAUUUUUUUCCCACUGCAUGAAGGACUUGGAUUUCAUUCAAACUUUGUAUCAAGAAACUGGAACAAGUUAGAGCAAUCACAAACUGGAACAUCGCCUUAAAUAAAACUGCACGGAGCAAGCUGAAAUCGAGAGAGGAUCUUUUCAUGGAGCUAAAAUGUUGUAAAUAAAUUGUUCUCAACAUAUCUAGACAGGGGUUAAAGGGUUUCUUUGAAGCAUCGUUUGGAACUGUACACCCAUGACGCGUCUCCACUGUUAACGCUUUGGGAUAGUCCGCGUGAUAGCCUGUAGCAUAGUUCACUGGGCGCUACGGGAGGAGUGGGGAAGCCAGUGGAUUAGUUUCUGUGAUACCAUUUCUACUGCCAUUUUUGUGAACAAACCAUGUUUCUGUACAUUGGAAAGGAGUUAGGGUGGAGUUGUAUUUGCAAAUUAUUCUCAAAAGCAAUUUACUACAGGUUCCCCAAAUCCUGUGAGGUAGCACAUAAACCUAUUGGUCAGGCUCAAAACCCAGACAUCUGCAAGGCCCUUGCUAUGAAAAGAAGAGUGCUACAGAGAAGAAGCUGCAGUUUCCUUAAGGAAAGGCCUUUCCCUCCUGCAGAAAAUGAGAGCUUCACUUAUCGACAGUGCUAUGUUUCAUACCCAUCUACAUUUAGUUAGGACACGCUCACCUUUCAUCCCCUCAGUUUGGCAGAGCAGGUGCCUCUAAGGCAUAUGUUAACAAUAAUUAGACUGGUUUCUGAAAUAUAGUUGUCGGUGUCCUCAUUCAGUAAAUUCAAUAUAUUUCCAUUUUUUAAAUGGUUUCCAUUUUGUCAUUUCUUCCCUACCUCCAUUUUUUUUUUUUUAGUCUUUUUUGGUUUUCUCUUUCUUGCUUGUCUGUUUUGAAUUUCAAGCCUUAAGUGCCAGGUAAACAUUCCAGUCUGCCUUCACAGGAAAUAACUCCUAGUUCAGUCAAUCAGUCAUUAUCUUGUUUCAAAAAGAUGCGUGUAUGUCUGUGUAAGUGUGCAUAUGCUUAUUUGUCUGUCAAAAUUAAAACAAAAUCCUGGGCAAUAAUACAUUGGUAAUUAAAAAGAAAAAAUCAUAAAGCUAAGUACUGUUGAAAAUUCAUAUUUAAAAAAUAAUGUUCUCUAGCAAUCUUAGUUCCUCACAUGCUCUGCUGAAAAAAUAGAUUGAGAUUGGCUUUGUUCCAAGAAAUUAGCACAUUACUGUAUGUCUCAAACAUUGCACUGGACUGAGAAAUUUAUAGGCAUGUUUCUUCCUGUCCAAUUAUUUGAAAAGCCUCAAGUCAAGGAUUUUGCAGCUUUCAAACAAUUUUUUUUAGAAAGAAAAGUCCACUUAUAAUUUCUAAAAAAGCACAAGUCCAUGUAGCUGUUUAUAAAACUUAUUUAAUGAAAAAAAAAAAUCAUCUUUAUCCCCUGAACUAGAAUCCGAUAUAAUUUGCCAUUAAUUUAUUGAAUCUGAUUUUGGACAAUGCUUCUGUAGUGUAGAUGCACGUCCCAGUAUCUUAUUUUUAUGUGUAAAGGAAGCAAACAAUGAAAUCUGAAAAACAGUUGAGAUUAUGCUUGCAUAAACUCUAAUUUGCACAGUUCACAGCUACUCCUUGUGCAGUAAUUGCUUUAUGCGGCUGUAAUCGAUAACCUGUGAAGACAGCACAUCAUCUAAACCCCAUUCCAAAUAAUAUUUCUGUGUAGUGUUAGCUGUGAAUUUACCCUGUACAGCUCUAUCUCUAUAAAUAUAAUUCCAUGUAUUAAUAGUCACAGAAAGGCUGUAAGUGAGCAACUAUUUUUAUGAAACGCACCACUAUGGAUAAAUUAACUUUUACAGAAAUCUUGUUUACUGUAUGAUAUUCUAAACCACUGUCAAAUAAAAUAUAUAUC